GCUCCAAACUCACAAUCUCGUCAGUCAGCGUGGAACCAUGCUCCACGACACCGUGUGUUCUGAAAAGGGGGGGUUCCGCUACGAUUAGCAUCGUGUUCCAAGCAAAUGACACUGCUGGACUUCCUGGAGACGCUUUAGUCCAAGGUAUCAAAUGGGGAAUACCGUUCUCUUUCAACCUGGAUAGUCCUCAGAUCUGUGGAGACGUCCAACCGAGUUGUCCACUUGAAUCCGGACAAUGGUACACAUACACCAAAACGAUAUCCAUCUCUUCCUGGUAUCCGGCGGUGAGUCUUAGCAAUUUCCCCGUGCGUAGUUGCUAUAGACAUGCUU